AUGUUGCUCUACGCUAAUUGUUUAGUUCCGCAGGGAUGUAAUGAAACUGUCGUCCGCGAGCGGACUGCCGUUGGCACCCCGGCCACCUCCGGCCAAGCAACGGAGGACGCCCCACUCCAGGCCGGUCUUGGCCGGUCUUGGCUUCCGGCGCCGACGUCCACUGACCUGGAUAAGCAGUGA